UGAGAUUUGUGUCUGAUUCAUCUCCGCUAAACGGAAAGUAAUUGUGCGCUAAGAGGAUUUAGUCAAAAAUUCGUUUUUCAAAAGUCAUUAUUUGAAAAAAUUAGGGUUGUGCAGUCGAUAGGUAGUGUGCCUGCAAGGAAAGGAAACACCAGUAGGUGUUAGUGGGGUUGCUUUGACUGAUAUACUUCGACACAUAUCUAGCAAGAUGUCAAGAUGCUGUCUGUUGUUGAUCUCGUCACUAGUCAUCACGUGUCUGGUGCACGCCAAGCCCCAGGCCCCCGCGCCCGCACCUGUACCCGCCCCGGCUGAAGCACCUAUGCCAUACCAGUACGAGUACAAAGUGGAGAACCAGACGCAGAACCUGUACUUCUCGAAGAACGAGCAGGGCAAUGAGGCGGGACGGGUGGAGGGGGGCUACGAGGUGCUACUCCCUGACGGCAGACUCAUGAAGGUCACCUACUAUGUGGACGGAGACAGCGGAUUUGUGCCCAAGAUAGAGUUCGAGGAGAACGCCAAUCCUUUUGGCAAAUAGGCUAAGCACUGACAAUCACGCUCAGAAACAACGGCCAAAGACUGACAGACUUUGAGAGACUAUUUUCGGUGAAGCUGGGAGUGACUUUUGAACGUCGAACUUCGAUUAUUUUCUAUGAAAAGUGUUGGAAAAGCUGAAAAUCACUAUCGUGAAAUUCUCUUCAAACCAUCAGCAUUGAGAAAUAUUGAUGAUUUUCAGCCUACUGGAAAUCAUUCAUGACCUGAACCAACGACGUUCAAACUGAUGAAAAGCGUAUGCAUACUAUAUGCUUUUAUGUACGUAAUACAUACGGUAUAUAUUCUUCAGGCUAUUAUUGAUUUCUAGUAGGCUAUGAUGUUAUCAAAGAGGAAUAGAGGAAUGCUGACCGUUUGAGAUGAAUUUCACUGUAGGUGACUUGAGUGUGAAUUUUUAAUGAAAGUGAACCGUUUCUAGGUAAAAUGGAAGGUAAUGUAAUUUAAUCAUAAGAUUGAAAUUUGAGGCAGUAUGUAUAUUAUUUGGGCGCCAACGUUUAUGAAGAGGGGCCAACCUAAGUGUCAUGAUCGAAAUGAGAAAUCAGUUCAUAUACAGUAAUUAUUAUUUAUUCAAUAAUUUUUGUAAAUAGUUUUCAUUUGAAUCAUAUAGAAUACUGUACAAAUACCACUUUUGAUAAAUUACUUAUGAUUUAUUAUGCAAUGUGGAAGUAGUGUGUUUGAUAGGAUUAUUAUUGACAAUUAAAUAAAAGUAAGGUGAACGUUUGAAAAUUUGAAAUUUCGCAGUUCAUUGAAAAAUAUUUAAGCUUUUGGUUUUGACAAUAUCUGGAGAUAUUUGAUGAUAAUGUUAUUGUGGAGAAAUGGCGAAACUUGACUGAGGUGGAUGUAAAAACUGGCAGAAAUAUAUAGAAAUCUAACAUCCAAGCAGGACAUGAAUAUUGAAAUUAUUUAAAGAUAAAAAAAAUUUAUGCAACUUGAAGAUAGUAUUCUGAAAUGUAACAAUUUAGCUCUUAAUAUUAAUAUUAUUUUAUCAAAAGUGGUGUUGAUCAUUGAUCAUGAUGAAAUAUAAUUUGAAUCACUGAUUCAUAAAAAUGUAAAUGAAGAUCAAGAAUGUUAGUUCUGGCAAAACGCGCUUUCCUCUAAAGUAGAAAAAGGUAGACAAGGAAAUUCAAGUUCUAUUCGCAUAUCAUAGAUAGAAUUAUAAAACUACAUUAUGGAAUCUCGUUUUGCCAUUGAAUGAUUUUAUAUUAUUUAUUAAUUAGACAGUAGUUUUGAAAUAUUAUCAUAUUUUUAUGUAUCUGUGUUAUUUAUACAAUCAUUGUAAACUUGUAUCAGCCAAUCAUAUUUUUUACUUUAAUGCAUUCAUGUUCAUGAUAUGAAAUAAACUACAUAAAUAAACAAA